AUGCCGACUAUUUAUACUGAAUUUUAAAGUUCCAAUUAAUAUUCAAUAUCAUAUGAAAUUUUCCAUUUUGAUAAUUACGCUCUAUAUUACAACUACAUUGGGAAUGUUCUGCAGCUACUACCCCUUGGAUCCAGUUGCAUGUGUGUAGAAGACUCAAGGAAUAGCAUGUAAAUUUGGCUAUAAAUAAUUCAAGGUUAAUUUAGUUUUUUCGAAAAUCAAUGCAUAGAGGUUAAAAGUAGCUCAUUAGGAUGCUAGCCCACUCUUAAUCUGCAGGCAUGCUUGAUGUAAAAACAAAAUUUGAGUGGGAAUGAAGCUUAAUAGAAAGGCUUUUUUGGAAAGAAAUGCAUAGAUGCGAAUGAGUUCCAUUUGAGACAUCUAGAAUGCAAGGAUCACUUUUCUAUCUAUGGUUGUGUAAAUAUCCAUCAAAAAUAAUGUUAUUGGAGUGGAACAAUUUGUUCUUAAUAUGAGGGACCCAUUCCAUCUGGAAAUGAUUGCUCAUUAAUUUUCAACACAGCCGUCGCCCCUGAAUUAUGUUCCCAGAUUUAGGAGAUUCCAUGUAUAAGAUUUAGUAAAAUACUGCUAGGUUAUAAUAACGGAUUUGAAGGUGGAUAUUCUUGUGAAAAUGUGUCUGACAUUAUGCUUCAAACAAUAACUUGCGAUACUUCCGGGUUGAACUAAGUAGCCUGCACAUCAAUUAAGACUCCUGGAUAGAAAUGCAUUUUUUAGCAUGGGAUAUGUAGAUAAUUUUAACAAAAAGAUGAAAUUAGUUGUUUAUAACAAUUAAAUAUUGAGGCCUGUCUUGGGAUUUCAAAUCCAGCUGUGAGAUGUGCUUGGAAAUAGACAGGGUGUUAGGAUUACGAAGUCAAAGAGAACACUAAAUGUUCGGAUGUUUCAAAUAUUAAUCCAAGUGUUUGUAUGGCUAUGUCAGAAUUAUGUGAAUAUGAUAAGGAACACAGAACAUGCACACCAAUUACGGCAUUAAAUUAGAUAAGUUGCAGGACAAAAGGAUUAAGCAAAAAUGCUUGUUUAUAAAUUCAAAAUGAUAAAUGUAUAUUUGAUGAUGAAUUGGGAUGUUCUGAAUUAUCUGAAGAAUAACUAAAGAUGACUUUAUGUGAAGAUAACAUAAAUGAGAUUUCAUGUAUUAGCAUCACAACUCCAUUUCAAAAUUGUCAAUGGAAUGGUCAAAAAUGUCAGAGAAUUAUCAUCAACCAAGACUUGGAUUGCCCUUUGCCUUUGAUUGAUGGUACUGCUUAUAAGGUGAAUGGAAAUGUUUGUUAAUCAAUAUCUAAGAACGGUGUUGGUUGUAAAUACGAUGCAACUCUUCACUUGUGUGUAAGAAGCAAUGGAUUCGAAAAUUGCACAACUCCAUUCAUCAAUCUAUAUGCUUGUGUCAAUAUACAAUAGUAGAUAUCCUGCAAGUGGAAUGAAUAAGUAGGUUAGUGCGAGGACGUGGAAGUCAUUGAACUAAAUACCCGUUGCAGUGAACUUAAGUUCUCAAAUCCAAAGUCUUGUUCCUAAGUGACUGAAUUCAAGAAUAGCAAAUUCAUUGGGUGUUACUAUAAUGAAGAGACUUCACUUUGCACAGAGGUCAACCUAGUAAGUCUAAUUGAUAUGGAAUGCGAACAAAUGGGAUUAAAUAAACAUGGCUGCACAAUGAUAAGUAAAUUAGGGUAGAGGUGUAGAUGGUAUAGAAGUUAAUGUACAAAGAUAAAGAGUAAGGAAUCUCUGUCACUUGUCAAUUGUAUAGAAUUAUAAUUUGUCAAUCCUGCCAUUUGUGCAUUGGUUACUGCUAAUUCAGAACCUUGUAAGUAUAAUUCUGAUGCUUUUGGAUGUGUAAAUAGUGUCAACUAUAGUGACACAGGUGAUUAUUGUACAACUCCUGGAUUAAAUGCUUUUGCAUGUUCUUAAAUUACAAGAAGCAAAACAGGAUGUUACUUUGAUAAGACUAACAACAUCUGUGUGACUGCUCCUGAUAGUAAAUCAGUUCAAGAGAUUGAUAUACUUGCAUCUAAAGAAUUAUUGACAACGGCAAGAUGCGUUGCUAGUUCUCCUACAUUAAACAUUUGCAUGGCCAUCAAAACAUUAGGUGAAUCGUGUAUUUGGAAUACAAGAUCUUCUAGAUGUGAUUACAAUUAAGUUUAGUUGAAUGAGAAAUGCCUAGAUUACAAUACCUAAGAAAAAUAGAAGUCUACUCCUGGAGCCGAGGUCUAUGUGAAUGAAAAUGUAUGUGCCAGUGUUGUCAUGAACUUUCCAAAUAAUGAUCCAGCCAAGGGAAAGAAGGUAGAUGUCCUUAGAGGUUAUUGUGAAUAUAAUGGAAAGGGAAAUUGCAUCUUAUAUUAAGAUAAGCCUUGCACAGAUAAGUGUUGUACUACAGUUUCAGGUAUCAAUGCCCAUGUGUGCAGUCGAUACACAGAUCAAACAGUUUACUGUUAUUUUAAUGAGUUCAAUAAAUGUGUUCAAUUGACCAAUGAAUCAACAGAUCUAACCUCAAUAUAAGCAGUCAAGGAUUAUUAUAACUUUAUGAAAUAUAAAUGCUCAUCCAUGAAUUCCAAAUCUUGUUGGAUGAUUGAAUGGUCUACUACACAGAAAUGUUAUUGGGAUGGAUUUGUAUGUACUUAAAUCAAUUACAGUGACUAUCCCACAUUUUCAGCUGGAGUAUUCCCACCCACAUCAUUAAGUAGAUACGGAUGCCAAGGAGUUGAAGCUAUCAAAUCUAAUUAUGCAAAGUACUUUAAAUAUGUGGAUACCAAUUAUUGUGCUGUAUAUUUAGUACCUCCAAUGUUGACUGAUUGUGAAACUGAAGGAGUCAACAUUAAUUAUUGUUUAGGAUACUCAGCAAACAUUUAUUGCAAGUGGAAUAAACUAACCUUGAGUUGUGAAAGAAUAGAGGAUUACCUCACACUCUUGACUUGUGAUGAAAAUCAAAAUUAAUAGGCCUGUAUCUCAAAUCCCUAUGUUCCAUGUGCCUUUUUGGAUGGAUCUGACAAGUGUGUAUCCAGUCCUUAGAAUGUUAAAUGCAAUGACUUCUCUCUAGCAUCUUCUCCUUAUUUUGCAAAAGUGAAUGAGUAGGCUUGUAAAAAUAUCACCAUGCCUGGAUAAAUUUGUAAAUUCUAUGAACCCUUAAAUUAUUGUGUCUAUUCUUAUGAUACCUCAACGAACUGUGAUCUCCCAGGAGUUAAUAGUAUUGGUUGUUAUGCCAAGACCUAAGGAAAUUGCAGAUGGGAUUCAACCUUAUUAGAAUGCUAUGAAGAGAGUGAUGAGAAUGCUUUGAAUACUCUGAAAUGCAACGAUAACAUCAAUUUGUUCUUAUGUAAGAAUCUAAUGAAUGACAAUUGUGAGUGGUCUACUACAAACUUAAUUUGCAGUUAAAAAGAUGCUCUAAACAAGGUUAAUGUUAAUAAUUUAUAUAAUGCCCAAACUUGCACCAAUUUGGUUGGAGGUGGUUAUUAUUUUAAUAAUUUUAAAUGUGUUGAACUGUUAACAUCAAAUAAUGAUUGUACUUCUAAAAUAAUGAAUAAGCAUGCUUGUUUAACUAUGACUAAGAAUCACAGAUGUAUCUUUGAUCCAAAUUAACCACCUGAAUUGAAAUGCUAAGAAUUUAAAGAAGAACAAUUAACAUGCUCAACAGACAAACUCAUCAGCAUUGAUGUCUGCAUGAACUUACCAGCCACUUGCUACUUUGAUCUAGAUACCUUAACAUGCAGAUCUAUCGAUAUUACAGACACAACCAAAUGUUCUACUCUCAUUUAGACCAAUUAAAUUUUCAACAAACUAGCAUGUUCUUCAAUAAGUGAAACUCUCACUGAUGCUUCCUCUGAUGAUGGGACCAGAAUUUGUACCAGCGAUCCUGUUGCUGAUAAUGCCUAACAAUGUUAUUUUGAAUCAUAUUGUGCAUGGGACACUACCAAUUAUGGAUGCAAACUUGCCAAAAUAGUGAAUGCUCAAUACAGUAGUAAUUAGAAUGGGGCAUAUUGUUCUCUGGCACCAGUCUCUUUUUAAUGCACAAAUAUCUACUCUAAGGCCAUUUGUCUGUAAUUAGCAGAUAAUUGUUAUUUUGACAUCACAUAAGGUGGUUGCAAUGAUUAUACUGCUAACUCAUAUAAAGUGUAAGCUUGUAACUAAUUGAAUGGAAGUUCCUGUAUUAAUAGUAAGACUGAGAAUGCUUAUUGUAAGAAGGUAGCUUUGGAUGGUUAUGAUUUCACUCCUGCAUGUUCUGUUGAUUCCCCAAUCACUGAUUUAUGUGAAGAUGAUGUGUCUCCAUCAUCUAGUUGUUCAUCAAUUACUCCUCUUAAAGCAGAAGAUUGUUCCUUUUCUUCUGAAAAAUGCUAUUAUAAGAAUAGUUCUUGUGUUAUUCCCUCUAGUUCAGAUGUCAUUACAUGUACAACUCCAGGAGUCAGUAAGAGUUUAUGUUUGACCAUAGAUUAGAAAUGUGAUUUUUCAUCUGGAAAAUGUACUAAUCUCACUAUCCCUUCAUUAAAUGCUAACAAAUCCAAUUAUUAUUAUGUGUGCAAUGAAGUCAAUUAUUUGAUCACUCAAUAUAAGGAAUAUGCUUGUGGUCAAAUAUCAGCAAUUCCUUGUAAAUUUGCUUAAAAUUCCUGUCAAAGAGCUUUCUAUGAUGACUGCUCAAAUUUAAUAGGCAUCACAUCAAAUAAAAAAGCUUGCGUUGAAUGCAAGAACAAAAAUAUGAUGUACGACUAUGGACUCUCUACUUGUUAGGAAAAAACUGAUUUGAGUUCUUCUUGUGACUCCAUUUCAACCUAAAAUAGUUGUCAAACCCAUUCCACUGAUUGUGAAUGGAAUGAUGUCAUAAGCAAAUGCAUAGUAAAUCUGUAAAGAUUAAAUCAAAACAGUUGCAUAACUCUCUCCAAUACGAUACUUACUAAAUGGGAUAGUUCCACUGUUACCUGUGUUAAAUUGAGUUUAAAUUCUGCUCAAUACGCUGCAAGUUGUGUGGGUUUGGGUAAAAAGAGUUGCUUGACUUCAAAGAGUUCAUGUUGGUUUGAUUCGCAAACGUAAAGUUGCAUAGAUAUUGAUACAAUCCCCUUAUCCUGCAGUGAAAUUAAUGACGUUGGUGGAUAAUAACAACAUUGUUUGUUAUCAUUCAAAGAAGCCUGCAAAUGGGUUAACAACUUGUGUGUUUCAGCUAGUCUUGAGACUGACACUUGUUCUGUGAUGAAUAAGUUUGGGUGUCUCAACAUUAAAUAGAAUGUUCCCUGUGGAUGGUCCAAUUAUAAUGUGGCUUGCAUCAAAUACACAAACUAUAAUUAUUUUGGAUGUAAGAAUUACACUUGGAAUAAUAAUUACUCAUAAGUCAAUCCUUACUUCUGUUAACUCUUGUCAGGCACUGAAUCUUGCUUUUAUGAUUAGAAGACUUACAAAUGCACUAAUGUGGGCUCUACUGAUUUAUAUUGCAGCAAACAUCAAGGUAUCAAUAAAGUAGCUUGCUUGACUCGAACCUUGGAUAAAUGCAAGUUCGACUCUAAAGUCAACAAGUGUGUUCCAAUAACUGAGACUGAUACUAACUGCAAUAAUUCUUUGAAUAAAGUGUCUUGUCUUACAGUACCUGGCAAAUAUUGCAAAUUUUAUCAAAAUGAAUGCAGCACUUUAACCUUAGCGAUUGCAACCGUAUAUGCUAGAGCAACACCACCAGUUGGCCAAACGUAUUCUGCUACUGCCUGUGUUUAUUACAAUAACGCAUUCAAUGAUGCUUAUUUCAUCUAUGACAAUAACAAACAGUAUUGUGUAGAUGCAGAUUACGCAAAAGAAUACCCCAGGAAAUUUAUCGCUCUUUGUAGAUCAACAUCUAUCAAUAAUAGAGUCUGCUUGAGCAAGACUAUCAAUACUUGUUAAUAUGUCGAUAAUCAAUGUCUGGAUCUUAGUGCAGAUGAGAUCAAGUUAGAAACAUCUUGCAACGCAGCAUUCAAUUGGAAAGCAUGCAUUUAAAUAAACAAUUUGUGUAAAUUUUAUUAGGGAAAAUGUCAACUAAUUACUGCAACUGAUACUUGUGCUAAUUUAGUAUCUACUACCGCUAAUCCGCUUUAUGUUGGCCCACAAGUCUGCGCCUCUUUUGCUACUACCUUAUGCAAAUACGACUCUGAAGGCUAUGAUUGUAAAGCAGCUGCAGCCACAAAUGAAACAUGUUAAACUCCAGGGCUAAGCAAAAAGGCAUGUUUAGAGUCGACAACCAAAUCCUUUUGCUAUUUCAAUGCAAUUACUAAUAAAUGCGAUUUCACCUAUGACAAUACCUUUUCCUGUCAAGAUGACUAAACUCCCAAGACUUGGUAUCUUAAUAUAGCUAGAUGCUAUUAUCUACGAAAAACUGGCAGUACUUGUUAAUUUUUAAAUGGAGAAUGCACUGACUUCCCAUAGACUAAAUUAGCUGAAUGCAAUACUGACAUUAAAACUAAUUUAAUCACUUGUUCCAAAGCUACUGUAGGAUUCUGCUAUUAUAUUCCAGCCACUAAUUAUUGUUACAAAGGAAAUGCGGUAACAACGAGCGUAUAAGAUUGGAAUAUUGGAUAGUCAUUUAAUAAGAACGCAUGUUUAGGCUACUAGCAUGCCACUGUUAAAAUAGCUACAAUGUGGGAUGACCUUAAAGGUUGUGUAGAGGCUACUAGCAAUGAUCUUAAGAAUUUAUUAUGUGAGUCUCCCAUUAACAUCUAUGCUUGUUUAUCCAUAACGAAUCCAACUCAAUUUUGUUAAUAUGACUUGGUUGCAUAGAAGUGCAAGUCAUUUAACUAUAUAGUACCACCUGGUUAAAUUGGCACUUGUGUGACUCUGACUAAUGUAAAUAGAUUUGAAUUCUGUUAAUAUACUACAGAUGAUUGUGCAUACAAUUCUGCAACUCGCAAUUGUCAAGUUUUAACUACUGCUGAUUUCACAAUUGCAUCAGCUGCUGAUUGUUUUAAUAGAGGAUUCAGCAAGUCGUUGUGUAACAAGUUCCCUCAAUGCAAGUACAGUGAUGAACGAUAAUUAUGUUAUGGUGGUAGCAUCUUCUGCAAAGAUAAAUCACUCGACACAUGUUCAUCUGUGACUAUCGAACCAUGCUGGAUUAAUAAUAGCAUCUGUACAGGUAUUACUUAUGCACAAUUAAAAACUGUCAAAUGUUCAGAUGUCAUUAAUCAAGUUGGAUGCACCAGUAUUACCAAUCCAGAUUACAAAUGCUAGUUUAACAUUCAAACAUCAAUUUGCUAAGAAAUAACUCAAUUGAAUCUGAAAUGCACUGAUUACACCUAUGUUAAUACCUAUUCUGUUUGUGAAAAUACAUUAGAUGUCCCUUGUAAAUAUGAUUUUGUCACCAAAUCAUGUAAAUAAGUGAUAAAAACAGAUGUUUUUGAGUGUGAUCGUGGACUUAAUGAACAAGCUUGUUAAUUAUACACAAGACCUUCAUUAUAAUGCUUAUUCAAGAACUUCUGUUUUGGCCCAACCUAUGGAGUCAAUUAAUGUUCUGACUCAAUCAACAAAGAAGUUUGUUUAGGAUAUAAUUACCUUUGCACUUGGGAUUCUGUCAACAAAGUUUGCUAAGACUUUGACAUUACGGGUAAAACCUGUUCAGCAUUGGAAACCUCUCAUAAGGUUGUCUCUAUUCAAGUCUGCUACAAUAGUUAAGCUGAUUCGGGUGCUUGUGUUUAUAAUUCCUCGACUAAUACAUGCAAAUUGAUUUAGCCAAUAUCUUGCUAUGAAUUAGAAACUUAAGAGCAAUGCACUCAACUACUAGAUCUCCCUUGUAUUUGGAGCAAUAACAAAUGCUCCUUCCUUUAAACUACUAGUACCGACACCUGCAAUUAAAUAGGAAAUGUCGGAUCCAAACGGGCUUGUCUUGACAUUAUCAGAUAAGGGUAGAUGUGCCAAUAUGUCGAUAAAACUUGUUAAACACAUGUAGAAAGCUUUAACGAUGAUAAUUGUGUAGAUAAUGUUAACAAAGUAGCCUGUGUGACCCAAUAGACUAGUCAAUGUUUAUGGAGCACAGAAACCAAAGAAGUCUUUAUUAACAAAACUGACAAGAUCAAUUAUACUUCUGGUGUCUGUACUUAAUAUACACCAAAUUCUUAAUAGGAUUGUAGUACCUCCCUAAGUUAUGCUUCAUGCUUUUCUGUUAGCAAACCUGGGUCUUUCUGCAGAUGGCUAAAUGGACAGUGUGUUUCCAUCCCAGUCUCAAUGGCUUAACAAACAAUUAACUAUAAUACCUACAUUCUAGUUAAUGAAAAUUCAUGUGGAUUGGUUAAUGUGGAUAAAGUAAAGUAUUCAGAAAAAUCUAAAUCUUGCGUAAUUCUUAAUGACAAUGAAGUGAUUUCUUGUAAAUGUGGAUAAGAAACUAAAGGUAUCAAUAUAAAUGCUUGCUUGAGCAUUAAAUAUCAAAAUUGUAAAUGGAAUAGUUUAAACAAAAAAUGUGUUGAAUAAAACUCUAAAUGUGACUUUAAUUGA